AUGCCUGCCAAGACAAGCGGAAAGGGAGCCAAGAAGGCCGGGAAGGCUAAGGUCAGCGGCGCUGCUUGAAAUAAGAAGAGGAAGAGGAAACGAAAGGAAAGCUACGGAAUCUACAUCUACAAGGUUCUGAAACAGGUCCACCCCGACACUGGUAUCUCCAGCAAGGCCAUGUCCAUCAUGAACAGCUUCGUCAACGAUGUCUUCGAGCGCAUCGCCGGUGAAUCUUCCCGUCUUGCCAAAUACAAUAAGAAGUCCACCAUCAGCAGCCGAGAGAUCCAGACCGCUGUCCGUCUCCUCCUCCCCGGAGAGCUGGCCAAGCUCGCCGUCUUUGAGGGCACCAAGGCUGUCACCAAGUACACCACCUCCAAGUAAAUUGAAUGGCAAACGCCAUAUUUACUACAAACGGCUUUUUCAGAGCCACCAUAUCCUCAAUUAUUAUCUCAAAUCUUUCUAAUUAUACGUUUUUCCUCUUUGGCCUGUGUGAUCUUGGCACCUUUUCUCUUCAUCCUUCACUUAUGAUAAAAUGACAAAAAUUGAGAAUUUCAAAUCAAGUUAUAUAACCUAUUUUUAUGAUCUAAUUAUAGAAAAUAAGCAGUUUGAUCAUUUAUCUAAGGCACAUCCUGAGGCCACAUUUGAUUUCAUAUACCAUUUCGUAUCAUGAAUUUUUUUGAAUAGAUAU